GCAGCUGAGUGCAACGAAGAAGAAGAGGAGGAGGAGGAGGAGGAAGAAGAAGACGCUUCUUUCUGCGGGAGUCACACACUGGAUCUACGGUUCUCAUUGUGCUUUCACAUUUCGUAAUCAAAACGUCGUACACAAUGAGAGGCGACCGUGGCAGGGGCCGAGGAGGCCGCUUUGGGUCCCGAGGAGGACUGGUCCAGGGAUACCGCCCGUUUGUGCCACACAUCCCGUUUGAUUUUUAUGUGUGUGAGAUGGCCUUUCCCAGAGUGAAACCUGCUCCUGAUGAGACAGCGUUCAGUGAAUGUCUGCUGAAGAGGAACCAGGACCUGAGCCCGACACCCGCAGAGCAGUCUUCCAUCUUGUCUUUAGUCACCAAGAUCAAUAACGUCAUCGACAACCUGAUUGUUGCCCCGGGUAACUUUGAAGUGCAAAUAGAAGAAGUCCGUCAGGUGGGUUCCUACAAGAAGGGAACCAUGACUACAGGACACAACGUUGCAGACUUGGUCGUAAUACUCAAGAUCCUCCCUACAUUGGAGGCUGUCGCUGCUCUUGGUAACAAAGUGGUGGAGACUCUUCGCACCCAGGACCCCACAGAAGUCCUGUCCAUGUUGACCAACGAGACAGGCUUUGAGAUCAGUUCAGCUGAUGCUACAGUAAAGAUCCUCAUCACCACCGUCCCGCCUAACCUUCGGAAACUGGACCCGGAGCUGCACUUGGACAUCAAGGUGCUGCAGAGUGCUCUAGCCGCUAUCCGUCACGCCCGCUGGUUUGAGGAAAAUGCUUCCCAGUCAACAGUCAAAGUUCUGAUCCGUCUUCUGAAGGACCUCCGGCUGCGCUUCCCUGGGUUUGAACCUCUGACUCCCUGGAUCCUGGAUUUGCUGGGCCACUCUGCGGUGAUGAACAACCCAUCCAGACAGCCUUUGUCCCUGAACGUGGCCUACAGGCGCUGCCUCCAGAUGCUGGCUGCUGGUCUCUUCUUGCCCGGAUCUGUGGGAAUCACUGACCCAUGUGAGAGUGGAAACUUCAGAGUUCACACAGUAAUGACUCUGGAACAGCAGGACAUGGUGUGUUUCACAGCGCAGACGCUGGUCAGAGUUCUUUCUCAUGGAGGUUACAGGAAGAUCCUCGGCCUGGAGGGAGACGCCAGCUACCUGGCAACUGAGAUGUCGACAUGGGAAGGAGUCAUCGUCACACCGUCAGAGAAGGCCUAUGAGAAACCUCCAGAGAGGAAGGAGGAGGAAGAUGAUGCUCUGGAAGAGGGAGGAGAUGGAGAGGAUGAGAGCAUGGAGACCCAGGAGUAAAUAAGAGGUUGACCUUUCUUCACAUUCUUCAUCAGUGAUGACAGUUCUAAUCAGUUUAUACACCAUCUAUAAAUGACCGACUGCUGUCCAAACCCCCAGAUCAUCACCUCCCACCCUGCCGGGCGUCUCUGGAUUCAUGGGUGGACCACGGUAAGGAUGAAGAGGACGGAGGAGACCAGGCCGCCGGUUCCCAAAGAGCCCACUUCACUUUAAAAAGGUGCAGUCGGAUGGGACCACCACCUGGAGCAGGACCACCCUGAACCUACCGGUCUCGUGAUGUUUUGCUAAUGUUUUUUUACGGCUGUGAUAUUUUUUCUUCCAUCAGUUCUGUAACGGUGACAUAAAACUUCUUGUGUUUUCUGUGAUUAGAAUAAAACCUGAGUAAGACUUUUACUUCAGAUCAAACAUUCA